ACAGAUAUAUUAUUAUGGAUGUCACAUGGAAGGAAUUGAGUGUGAGUGUGAGCAAUGGGCGGGUGUUGCUGGAGAGUAUGUGUGGCUAUGCCCAGAGUGGCCAAAUCACGGCGAUCAUGGGUCCUUCAGGAUCCGGAAAGUCCACCUUGCUCGAUGCGCUUGCUGGUAGAUUGGCCAAGAACGCAAGGCGAGAAGGAUCCAUUUUUGUGAAUGGGAAUCUCCAGACGAACAUGAGACAUGGGACUGCGGCCUAUGUGAAACAAGAAGAUGUUUUGCUAGGAACACUCACUGUCUUGGAGACAAUCACUUACUCUGCUCAAUUGAGGCUGCCUCACUCGCUGCCGCAAAGCCAAAAGAUGGAGAUGGUUGAGAGUGUGAUCACUGAGAUGGGGCUUGGAGAUUGCAAGCAUACAGUGGUGGGAGGUUGGUUCUCGCGUGGAUUGAGCGGAGGGGAGAAACGAAGAGUGAGCAUUGCUCUGGAGAUUCUAACUCAGCCAUCUCUUUUGUUCAUGGACGAACCAACCAGUGGUUUAGACAGUGCAUCCGCGUUUUAUGUGAUUAAAACAAUUAAGAACCUAGCUACUUCAAAACGCACCGUUAUUAUGUCAAUUCACCAGCCAAGUAGCGAAGUGUUUGAGCAGUUUGAUAAUCUUUGCCUACUAUCUCAGGGAGCACUUAUAUAUUUUGGAGAUGCCAUGGAAGCUAGCACGUUCUUCGAGUGUGCUGGAUUUCCUUGUCCUCUCCGAAGAAAUCCAUCAGACCACUAUCUUAGAGUUAUUAAUUCCGAUUUUGACAAUGUUCAAAACAAAUUUAAGGAAGAUAUUGAAACUGAGGAAAUAAUUCCAUCUUCUGAAGCAAUCAAAGCACUUACAAAUGCAUUUCAAAAUUUGCAUUUAAGCUCCCUCCACACAAAAGUUGACAUUCUUUGUGUGACUAAGGUGAACCUUCUAAACAGUUUGUGUGACACACCUGGUGCAAAGAAUGAAUGCAUCCAGAUGCCUCAAGCAGGAGUUCUCCAUCAGCUUUCCACGUUAACUAGAAGAUCAUUUCUAAAUAUGACAAGAGAUAUUGGAUAUUAUUGGCUGAGAAUCUUUGUGUACUUUAUGCUUAGCAUCGUUAUUGGCAGUAUAUAUUUUAAUGUCGGCAUUAAAUACAACUCCAUUGCAGCAAGGAUUGGCUGUAUGGCUUUUAUUGGUAAAUUUCUUACAUUCAUGUCAAUUGGAGGUUUUCCAUCUUUCAUUGAAGAGAUUAAGGUUUUUAAUCAUGAGAAACAGAAUGGUUACUACGGUCCCAUUAUGUUUACUCUCGCAAACACACUCUCUUCCAUUCCUUAUCUCCUUCUUAUUUCGUUGAUAUCAACAAGCGUGUUUUAUAAUAUGGUUAAACUUCACCCAGGCUUUGAUCACUUCAUAUUUUUUGUGUUGAACUUAUUUGCAUCUGUGACUGUGGUGGAGAGCUUGAUGAUGUGUGUAGCCUCAAUUGUUCCCAAUUUUCUCAUGGGAAUAAUUACAGGAUCUGGAAUCUUGGGGUUAUUCAUGCUUGUUGACGGAUUUUUUAAACUUGCUAAUGAACUGCCAAAAGGCUUUUGGAAAUAUCCAAUGCAUUAUAUAGCAUUUCAAACAUAUUUACUUCAGGGUCUUUAUGAAAAUGAUUUUCAAGGGCUUGAGUUUGAUAAUAAUGAUAUUUCUGAAGGAAAGCUAUCAGGAACAACAAUUCUUAAACAGUAUCAAGUAGAUCUCUCAAGAUCUAAAUGGUUGAACUUUAUAAUCCUGUUAAGCAUGAUUUUGGUUUAUCGAGCAAUUUUUAUUACUAUCAUCAAACUCACUCAGCUCAUAGAUGGGAAAACUCUGAUGUUUAGGACCUCUAAAAAAAUAAAUGCUUAAAAUUAAAAGUAUGGCUU